AUGCACUCGGCCAAACUGCUGACGAGGCCGUGGAUUGCCCACGUGGCAGAAUCUCCAAGUGCGACGCUUGGCCACCUCAGCAUCCCAUCAGGCCAGUUCAGCAGCACCCAGUCAACUGCGUAUUCGUCGUCGCUGUUGCUGCUAGAGAAGCUUCGCAGCAACUUUCACCGGCAGGUGCACGCGAGUAGCUUCCCCAAACACUACCAGUCACCGCCAAGGGUUCAGGGGUUAGGGUUUACCAUGACGAGACAUCAAAGUUUCGGGUUUAGCAGGAGAGGAAACAGCAGAGGGUUGGUAACCCCACCAGCAGCGGCAUUCGGGGCGACAGGCAAUCGGCUUCUAGCUGCUGCAGCUGGGUCUGAUAAACCCUUGCUGACCCGCAAGCUGACUUCCUUUUCAUUCUCCAGCAGCUCCCGCUCUCCCAAGGACUUGGAUGCAGAGAGGGAUGGGCAGCGGCAGGGGCAGGGGAAGGAGCAGGGACAGGGGCAGGGGGAGAGGCAGGGGAUGAGGCAGGUUCAAGUGCAGGCGGUGAGGGGAACGGAGGGGAUGGGGGAGGAGGCGCAGGGGGGUGGGGAACAGCGGCAGGGGCAGAGGAGAGCAACUGUGAGUGGUGCAGGAAGGGGGAAGGAGGUGGGGGGUGUGGAGGGAGGAGAGGGAGAGGAGGAGGCGGAGAGCGGGAGUGGGAGCACGAGAGCGGGAGAGAGUGGGAUCGAGAGCGGGCUUGAUAGCGGGAUUGAGAGUGGGCUGGAGAGCGGGAGUGAGAGUGGGUUUGAGACUGGGCUUGAGAGUGGGAGUGAGGGAGCGAGUGGAAAAGGGGCAGGGAGUGGCAACGGGGCAGCGGUGGUGGCAGUGGCAGCGGGCAAGGUGGAGGAGGUGGAGCUGCAUGAGGAGGCGGUGCAGUCGUAUGUGUCGUAUGCCAUGUCCGUCAUUGUCGGCCGUGCACUGCCUGACGCCAGGGAUGGGCUCAAGCCCGUGCACCGGCGCAUUCUCUACGCCAUGCACGAGCUGGGCCUGACGUCAUCCAAGCCUUUUCGCAAGUCAGCUAGAGUCGUGGGAGAG